UUGAGCGUUUCACAUAAAGACAAUGCAGCUAUAUGGAAUAUGUGUAUUAGGUUCCUACCAGCUUUAAGGAAUAGACUGGUUAUUACACACGGUACCGUAUACACAAUUAUUUAAGCAGAGGAUAGAAUGGGCCCGGACUAGGAGGAGCAGUCAACUUGGCCCUUGUCUUUUGUUUCUGUUAUCUCGGAAGUACGUAAACUGUUUCCGGUUUCAGGUGCGUUCUAUUGUAGCAAGCUAGCGUCAUUUAUUAGCUAGGUUUGCGGCUUUGCCGUUUUGACGUAAAAAGGUUUGCUAGCCACUUAGCUAAUGUCGUAUGGACACCUGUAAACUAUCCCAGUCGAUUCGUUGGAGGAUUCCACAACGUUAAGAUACACAUUUGAUUUGUCAAGCGAACGAGUCCACUGCCAAGUCCGUUCGAUAGCUAACGUUACGUAUACGUGGUCGGGGUCUUUGCUAGCUAGGCUAGCGUCAAACUGUCUAAAGAGAACAAGACCAAGAAGUGGAAAAGAGACUACACACAGUUAAAUUUGAAGAUACAUAUAUGUUCUGCUUUUCGUUAGGCUGAGGAACUCCAGAAAAACAUUAAUUGUCAAGAGUUGGAAGAUUUGCUUGUUGCAUUCCUCGACUAAACUAAACAAUGUUAGCUGGCCAUGUACUUUAGAAAGAACCUUAACAUAUUAUACAUACAUGGCUAAGUAUGUUUGUGUAGACUAGGCCUACUAAACUAGCCAUUAGCUACAUGUCUGUAAUUCGUCGGGGUAUUAGGGAUUCUAAACUAUUUAUCACUCCAAAACCAAAGGGGAUCUUUUGGUAUGGUUAAUUUGUUUGACGUUUGUUUGACGUUAGCAUGAAGCCCUCACUGUUAUAAGAGCAAAAUUAGUUAAAGCAAGGUGAAAGUCUUGGGGACGACAUGUAGCUAGUGAGUACCCUCAUUGGAAUUUUCCCUUGGGCGUUGGUGUUGGUUUCGAUUUAACAACACCAGGUGUGUCAUGUGACUUGUCCUGUGGUACACACUUCCCCUCUUAUCAUUCCCAGUGAUCUCACGGCAAGGAGAGUUAAUUUGACUCAUCUAAUGUACUAUAGCUAGGCUAUAGUCUUAACAAUACCUCCAACAAAAUCCUAAAACGGAAAUAAAUAAUAUAAAGUUUAACCCAUUAUUGCGUUCUCAAUAACUAGUCAUUGCAGUCUCUAAGUCCUUUAGUCCUUCUAAAAUCCAGACAGAAUUAAGGGCACUAAAUUAAGGGAGCUGACAUGACAGCUGUAGUAGGAAGAGUUUGGGGGUGGGUGCGUCCAGCUAUCUCCUACCGGCCCUGGGGCAGCAAAGCAGGACCUGACAAAACCAUGAGGGACAAGCCAGUGACGGACGAGCAGCAGACGAGAGGCAGCUGGGGCUUGGGGGGGUUAACAACCUGGGUUUGGGGAGCCGGACAGAAAAGACAAACAAGUGAACAAACAACAUUGAUCGAAGAGUACUGGGAAGCAAGUGAGGAGAAAAUCCAGUCCAGGGAAAUUGAAGAGCUGGGUGUGGGAAAGCAGGAGGCUGAGGGGAAAGCAGAACAUGGUGACUCCAGAUGGUGGAAUAAGGUUCUGCCAUCCUCACACUUAUUCUGGCCGAGAACAGCUGAACCUGGUGGGCUAAGUCAGAGGAAAUGUGUCAGUGGAGGAUGGGACUCUGACAACGAUGGGGCGUAUUCUGACUAUGGAACCCCUCCACUGUCUCCCACACCUAGCUCCUCAUCAGCCUUCCGGUUCUUUGCACUCGCCUGGAAUGGGGAGAUAGUUCCGGAACACUAUGAGAUCUGCUUCAACCUCCUUCGCCACCUGUUUGACCUGUUGGUGGUGGGCUUCCUGUGGACUGUGUCCCCCCCUACCAAGUUGGUCCUGGAGGUUCUAGGGGUCCAAGGAGGACUGAAGUUGUGGCUCCAUGGAAUGGCCAUGUUUUCUGUCUCCACUGUUGGAAUGGCGGGACUGCUUUGGUUGGUCCAAGAGUAUCUUCUACAGUUUGCUCUGUUGUAUGGCAUCGUGCAAGCACUGGUCAUCUCUGUCAGCAUCAAGCAGAGUGUGAUCCUAGGAGAGGGGGAUGAGGAGUAUGAAAAGGAGGUGGAGGAGGAUGUGGAAGUGAGAGACGAUGGGGAAGUUACAGAGAUGUACUUGACUACGAAAGGAAAGAUGAUCAUUGAAUGAAAGUUUGUUUUGACAAUCAUCUGACAUGGAGGAAAGGGGGAUGUUUCAAAAGCCUGACAUGCAGGGAUUGAGGGAAGUUGUUUUGAGAGCCUACCAAUGCAAAGACAAAGACACAUGAAGAGAGCUGAGCCCAGCUGACACUGCAAUGAGGAACGGCAGAGGCUGGAGGACUUUAGGCUUACACUUCACCUCUACUGUGAUAUUUAGUGGCGCUGAAGCAAAGCACACCCACUACAAUCUUGGUCAUCUAGGCCCAGUGAUACCACUGUUGUCAUCUAGGGCCCAGUGAUACCACUGUUGUCGCCUGGGGCCCAGUGAUACCACUGUUGUCGCCUGGGGCCCAGUGAUACCACUGUUGUCGCCUGGGGCCCAGUGAUACCACUGUUGUCGUCUGGGGCCCAGUGAUACCACUGUUGUCGUCUGGGGCCCAGUGAUACCACUGUUGUCGUCUGGGGCCCAGUGAUACCACUGUUGUCGUCAGGGGCCCAGUGAUACCACUGUUGUCGUCAGGGGCCCAGUGAUACCACUGUUGUCGUCUGGGGCCCAGUGAUACCACUGUUGUCGUCAGGGGCCCAGUGAUACCACUGUUGUCGUCAGGGGCCCAGUGAUACCACUGUUGUCGUCUGGGGCCCAGUGAUACCACUGUUGUCGUCUGGGGCCCAGUGAUACCACUGUUGUCGUCUGGGGCCCAGUGAUACCACUGUUGUCGUCUGGGGCCCAGUGAUACCACUGUUGUCGUCUGGGGCCCAGUGAUACCACUGUUGUCGUCUGGGGCCCAGUGAUACCACUGUUGUCAUCAGGGGCCCAGUGAUACCACUGUUGUCGUCUGGGGCCCAGUGAUACCACUGUUGUCGUCUUAGCACAGUUCUAUUGUUACAGAAUCCUGUUUCCCUCUAGUUAGACUUCUUUUAUGUUCAUUUUGUAUUGUUCAGAUGAACUUUUGAAUAUCUACUUGACAGAUACCAGCACUUUUUUCCCCCAGGUUUCUUUCAAAGCUUAUUCCAAGCAGAUUGUGUUGCUGUUAGUUUUUUGGACAUAAGGUUUAUUUGCCUUGUAUUUCUUUUCCUGUGCCUUAAUAUUUAAUAUGUAGUAGUAUGCCUUAGUAUAUUAUCCCUGUCUUUCUCCAUCAUAAUCAGUGUUAUUUGCAUUGUAAGUAAACUACACAUUGAACAUGUAUUUAUCUGUCUUGUCACACGUAUAUUCCUGUUUGAAAGGUACGCUACAGCCUUAGAAACACAACCGUUAAAAAAAUAAAUAUAUCUUACAAUUGUCCAGUAGCCAGUUUUGCACAAUCACAUACAAACCAGCAGUGAUGCUCAGGACCACUAAAUUCUACCUGCAAGAUUUUUGUCUCUCAGCAUGUCACAAUCUACAGUAUGCAUGUGUAAGAAGAGGAUUCUAACCAGUGGAGGCUGGUGGGAGGAGCUGUAGGAGGACGGGCUCAUUGAAACGGAAUAAAUGGAACGUAUCAAACAUAUAGAAACCACGUUUGACUCCAUUCCACAAUUCCAUUUCAGCCAUUACAAUGAGCCCGUCCUCCUAGAGCUUCUCCCACCAGCCUCCACUGGUUCUCACCCACAAUGCCACUGUAUUAUAAAAGGUUUGAAGAACAUUUCUAGUUUCUACAAUGGCCUUUUCCAGAUAUUUUUGUAUUUGUAGCAAAACAUACAGCUAUCACAACUUCACAGUGAUGCAGAAAGUUAUAUGAUAUACUAAUUGUGUACUGAUAAUGGGACCUUUAAAUAGUGAUUCCUCUCUGCCUUUUAUCUCGUGUUUUAGUGUCACGUUUUGACUUGUUACUCCACGUGUUGUUUACAAAGAAAGAUGUCUUGUAAUGAGAAUGUGCAAUCCCCCCCCCCAAGACAAGUGCUGGAUCACUGUCAAAAUGAUGAGGCAGCAACACUACUACAUGGAAACCCACCAGGGCCACGUUCAGUUGAUCAAACGUUGCAGAUAGAAAUGCGACGAAUAGAGCCGCCAUGACUCCUUGUUCUACGUUUCAGAGAGGCAUGUUUGUUCUACAUUGUAUUUCUAUCGUAACGUUCCACAACGGGUCAUUCUGAAUGCAUCCCAUGUCAACGUUGUGUUUUGUAAAGGAAUGGAUGUAUACAACGUGUUGAGAAAAUAAACUUUGUACCUGAUACUGUC